UGGUGCUGGACUUUGAGAAAAUUGAUUACAAUAAGCAUGUUAAUUAUGCACCGCUAAAUGACAUUCUACAUGUGUCAAUUUCAAUCCUUCUUAUCUACCCUUGUUGUGUCAGACUGGCAGACAGCACCGUGCCAAUGGAUACAGGCUGGUGACAAGUAUUAUUUUUAGACCUGGCAAAAAAAAUAUUUUAAAAGAAGUGGGCGUCUUUUCUGCUGAUACUGCUGCAACUGAAUAUGACGUCUAUAGGUAGCCUACACACCCUGGGUCAGGAUACACUUUUCCCCCACGAAAAAUAGUUUUACAGCUAUAGUUAUUGGUCCUGUACUUAGUGUCAACUGUCAAGGGAUGACACAUUUUGAAACCCUGGAUGCCGUUCUUUCUAUUUCAAGAUUACGCUGAGCACAAAAUCUCUGAGCAAGUUCUCCAACUUGGAAUGUCAUCAACGUUGCUCUGCAGAGUGCCGAUAAGAAGCCAUUGAAAAUAGAUGAGAAGAACCUGCUACAAUGGAUACAAUGGAAAUGGUGGAAUGUAUCAGGAUAGAUCCAGAUACUCUGACAAUGCUAGAGGAUGAUGUGGACAUCACAGAGGGAGUCUGCCAAAUCAAUGACGAGGUUGAGGAUCUCCGCAACAGUUUGCGGUUGGCGGUUCAGGAUGAGGCGGUGCGUCCCAAGAUGCAGUGCUUAAUGAUGGACCCCUCCUUCUCCAUGGUUACCGUGCAGGGCGAGGACAGCGGCAUCCAAUGGGAGACCAGCUCCAGCCGCUGCUCCACCCCUUGGGGUUCCGAAGCCGAACCCACCCCUACCAUCGCCUCGGAAUUCUGCUUUCCCAUUAAUGAAAGGUCUGUUUCACCUGGAUUAGGAUCUGGAACAGCAGGUAAAAUAACCUUUGUCAUGGAUGAGGCAAUGAUGGUGAGGAGGCCAAGGAUGAAAAUAAGUUGUGGAGGAGGACGCAGGAGCCGGGCUGACAGACGGGGACAGACUCCUUUGCCCACAGGUGAUGAUUUAGGUGAGUUUGUUGAGAAGCCAGAGCUAGUUGAGGUCUCCCUGCCCAAUGUGAGGGCAGAGGGAGAUGGGGAGGAGGAGGAAACGACAGAUCCCAAAGAGGAGAAGAAGCAGAGUUUGUUCCGCCUGGUGUCAGAAGGCUCAGAGAUCCUGAACAUCAUGGUUCCUUCCAGGCUGGUGAGCAUUGACGAGGAGGAGAGCCAAGUCAUGGUGGACAACCUGUCUUACCUGGAGGAAUCCACCUUCACCAAACCCAGUAACGAAAUCAUAGAAGAGGUUUUUCAGGAGGACACCGCACCAUCAGUGGGGGGUGGAGAUCAAACGGUGGAACACACUGACUCCUCCCAUCUCACCAGGCCUGAUCAGACUGACCCUCCUGGGGCUCCGGUGGCAAAGCAGCCCAGACGAGGAGCCACCAGUGACAUGGACUACUUUGAGACAUUUACUCAGAUGGAUGAGCCUGCUCCAGGAGGCCCCACCAUGAUUGAAGAAGGACAGAAGGAGGAGGAAGCAGACUGUGGAGAGGAAAACCAGCAGGUGAGUGAGGAGACGGAACAGCUCCAAGAUUUCGCACCUGUGACCGAAGACCUGGGAGGUUCCAACACAGGCGUUAGCGGAGAAGAAAUCUCCAGUGACCAUCUAGAUGAGGUGUUCUACGGCGGUAUGGACAAUAUGCCUUCUAAGAACUAUCUGGAAGUAGAGGAGGGCGCAGUAGACAAGUCACCCAAGUCCCCCCUGAAGGAGAGUGGAUCGGCCCUCUUCGGCAGCGAGGAAACCGUCCUCACCCCCAUCUUCCUCCCCUCGGGACCCCCCAAAAUCAUCAACCCCACUCUGCUAGAAGAGCCUACGGCCAUGGCCUUCCUUUACACAGACCUGUAUGAAGAGGCAGUGGGCAGCAGGGAAGGAGUGAAGGAGGAAGACACUGAGAGUAUGACCUCCGAAAGGUCCUUCCACAGCAGACACUCAGACCGGGAGGCCAGGGGGUACCUGGAGAAGUUUGUCCUGAAGGACGAGACUCCCAUGGUGGAGCUGGAAGGGGAACCGGCAGUAGAGGAAGGCUUCAGAACUUGGGCACAGGAACUGUACACGCUGGACAGCUUUCUCUCCCACCCUGAUGAUAGAGAGAUAGAAGGGGAGAUCCAGGAGUCUGAGCAUGACAUGACAGAUUUUUUCCGGACGAACGCCAGUUCCUCUCCAUCUGAUGAUCGGUACAUCCCAUCACUGGAUAAAGAAAAGAACUAUGCAGAACCUGUGAAGGAGGACAAACAUGUUAAGGCAGACAAUGUUUUAAAGACGGUGCAGGAAGCACCUCAGCUUCAAGUGGUUAAAGAAGGGAAAACCACAGAGGAGGAGAACAAGAGUCAGGGCGUUGUCACAGAUUUAAAUGAUCCACCACUUUCUGACCCAGAGUCUUUCUCUGAGAGGGCUGGUGGGGGGAGUGUCACUGAGCCCCCCACAGACAAAGACCUCUCAUACAAACAUGAUGCUCCCACAGUGGAACUACAAAAACUCCCACCUCUGAGUGACAGUGGCACAAAUCAGGAAGCUCCAAAGCCAGUAGCCCCCCCUAGAAGGAAGCCAACUGCACCUCACAAGAGCUCUCUGAAACUAGCGCCACUGGCUCGAGCCCAGACCCCAGUUGAAAUCCUAGAGGGAGGAGGAGAUAGAGGGAAGGAAGAGAGGGAGGAGGAGAAAGAGAAGGCUUCACCAGCUGAGACUGCUGAUGAAGGAGAGGGGGAUGGAGAGACAGGACAGAGGGAGGAGGAGAAAGAUAUGACAACACCAGUUGACGGCUCAUCCUCAUUUUACCAAUCCCAGAUUACGCUGCUCUCAAGUAUAGCUACGGAACCAGUAAAAGCAGAGGAUAAAAAGACUGAAUUGGCUGAAGGAAACACAGAACCACCUCAGGCUGAGGAGAGUGACAGCCCCAAGCCAGAGGCUGACCCGGUAUUGACAGGACAGGACAGUAAAACAGAACCAGCUAAAGGAGAGGCUGAACCAGCUGAGUCAGCCAAGCUAGAAGUUGAACCUACAACAGGACCUAGCCAGACCACUCCUUCCGUUCCUGCCCCAGUGAAUGACCCAGCCAAAGUUGGCGGCGGAUGCAUCAUCCUUUAGCCUUAUUGGCUUUAUGCUGCAGCAAUUUGAAAUUGAGAGGUCAAAUGAUAAAUUGAAGUAAAAAUUACAGAACUUCAUAUUUUUUCUCAACCUGGUCUCAGAGUAUUUCGUACUAUUCUGUACAUAAACCCGAAACACUGCAUUUAGUAUGAUAUGUUAUGGGUCGCAUGGUAUGUAUUAAUUUGUGGAUGAUAUGUUACGAAUUACAAUUUGUAUUAUAUUUUAUGAAUUUGCAGAAUGUACAGUAUGUUACAAAUUUUCAAACUGUAUGAUAUGUAAUGAAUUCUAGCUAGGUGGCUAGUGGCUAACGUUAGCUAGCUAGCUAACAUUAGUUAGGCUAGGGGUUAGGGUCAAGUUUAGAAGUUUGGUUAAAGAGUUAAUGUUAGAGGAAGGAUUAGCUAAAAGAGUUAAGGUUGGGGAAGGGUUAGCUAACAUGCUAAGUAGUUGCAAAGUAGCUAAAAGUACCAAGUAAUUGAAAAGUUGCUAAUUAAUUAAAUGCUAAAGUUGUCUGUGAUGUGAAAUUGCAACCAUUGGGUUGCUAGACGUUCAAGCUAUAUGCCGACCGAUCAUCCCAAAUAACCAUCCUACUUUAAUUGUUGCCUUAAGUAACCAUCUGUCUUAUGUAAACAUACUAACAUACAGUAUUAUACUAAUUUUAGUGUCCUGGAUUUACAUUUACUAUGUUACGUCUAUCAGAUCAGGCUGUUUUUUCUGGAUAUUUAUUUUUAUGCAUACUUGCUUAUUUGACCAUUUUUAAACCGUAGCACAGUAGCACUUUUUGGUCUGGUUUCCCGGGCCCAGCCUAAACACUUUCAACUGAGAUUCUCUAUUAAGCAGUCAGUCAGACUCAUAGGUAACUGUUAGGUUAUUACCAUUUAACCAUUUCAUUUCUAAAUAAAUAUCUGAUUAUUUCUGAACUGUAAAAUAAAGUUCUACCCAUUUUCCUCUCCUUUUGUAUCUGAGAGAGAGGAGUGUACCGUAUAGCCGCUGCUCCAGAUCAUCCAAUCUCCUCUGUGUUGAUGGAUGGUGGCCAGUUGAAAAAAACCUGUGUGUGUGUGUCUGUAUUCGUGUGUUAGAAAUAGGAGGUAUUAAUCACGGAAGGGGGGGGGGGAUUGGAGAGGUGGGGUUUGUCAAAUGAGUAGCCUCUUAUACACAUUGAUGACCUUAUAGGAAGGGAGUGUGUGUGUGUUGUCUUAAGUGCACCGCUUGCCUCCACUCACUGUAAAGGGUUAUAAAUAACCAUCCUUGGCCUGAGCCUGACAACCCCCAUCUUGACACCGAGUCUCUAACCCUGUUCUCUUCUCAGAUUGGCCUAGUAACCAUCUUCUUGGAUUGGCUCCCACUGCAAAGAACCUCGCAGCAUAAACACAUAGUGUGAUAUGUACUGUAUGUUCAGGUUUCUUAUUCCACGGGAGGUAUGGAAGGAAAUGAAAUAUAAGUUUACACGUUUACCCCAAGUGUUCCCUGUGUGUCAGCUUGUUGUUGUGGAUGCUCUAACUGAAGACUGAAGCAGCUGCCAACUCAAUCUGAGGAACUGAAGUAGAUCUGCAUACCUGCUCCCUUUCUUGUAUUCAUGUAGUAUUCCUCUUCAUUUUCCUAUUCAUAAUGUUUAUCUUCCCCUGUGAAGAGUUGAUGUGCUUUUCACUGGUUUUCAAAGGGUUUUGCAUUGUAUUGUGUUAUAUGGGGCUAUAACAGAGAUUUUGAUAACACAUUCACAUCACUAUCAGCGUGUUUUAUUUCAUUUUUAGUUUCAGGUGAGAUUGUAACAUUUUGUUAACAUUUUGUUGUUUGUACGGUCUUUCCCGCACCUGAACGUCAGGAAAUGGUAAUGCACCAACUGUGCGGUGUGCGCAAGUUACCACAAACACAAAAAUUAUCCACAUUUUUAUGAGAUCUUAAUUUAGGUUAGGGUUAGGCAUACGGUUAGCAGUGUGGUUAAGUUUAAGGUUCGGUUUAAAAAUACAUUGUAGAAAUAGGAGAGGUUUAUGACUGUAGUUACUAGUAAAGACUAAACUGCAGUUUAACACCAGGAAAUUCCAAAUGUCAAGGCAGCAACAUUUUCAAAUCAAAUGAAAUGAAAACAAAACUAUCGAAUUAGUCGUUAAUUUCAUGGUAAAUUUUAUAUACACAAAAACACAUAUUUAAAAUAAAACAUUUUUUUUUACUUGAAAUACAAUAUUUAAUAAAAUAUCUAGAAUUAGUAAAUAAUUUAAAAAAUAUAUAUAUAUAUAUAUUGACUAAUAUAUUCUUACAACUCUAUCAUAGGUUUGUACUACUGUAACCCCUGUACUUUAUUGUAUUUAUUUUACUUUAAUUUAUGAAACUCAGUUCUUGUUAUUACAUUUUUCUACUUUUAAUAUUAUUUUAUGUUUUUCAGAGAAAAUAUACGUGCAGUGAUGUCUUGUGUUUUUUUGUUGUAUUGUAAUUUGAAAUGUUACAAUAAUAUAUAUCUAUUUUUGAAAAGCAACAUUAUAGUCCUAGCAGCAGCAUUAAGAUUUCCGGUUUUCAUAUUUUGCCUUCAAAAUAAAAGUCCAUGGUAAAACGCUGUGUGGAUGAUACAAAUCCCCCCCAAAUUGCAGCUUUGCAUAGUGCGUAAUGUAAAAAUUAUGUACAAAAUAUAUAAUUACAUGGGAGAAAGUCUAAACUAAAGAUAAUUGCUAUAUAUAAGAUAAAUAAUAUUAUAAGGUGAAGCACAUUGAAAAAUGGUUGGAGCUUAAGUAUAGUAAAUAACAAUAAUGGCCUACUGGUAAAAAGUAUAUUCAAAAACAAUUAAAAAAUAUAUAUAAUUA